CAUCUGCUUAAACAAAGAGAAAAGACGAAUAACAAAAUAUGUCCCAUGUUGUUUCCUUACGUUAUAUAAUUUGUGUUGUGUUGAACUAAUUGUGUAACCAGUUAUCAGAUAAACGGGCAUAAGUCACAGCAAUCACAUGCGCUAAUAAUAUCUUCCGCUGAUUAUUCAUUCAUUAUUUAAAUUGAAUCCGAAUCGAGCGGCUGUCAUCUUGAACGUGUUUAGCGGGUGUGCGGGAGUAUAAAGUGACGUUUAAGAGGAGUGUCAUCGAUUCGGCGAUAAUGUCAGCGGUGUCACCGAUUACGAUGUUGAUAAGCCGCACGGUGGCGAGCGGCAGUCGCGUUCUGAGCGGCAGUGCGGCGAGGACCGACGCGGACGUGGCAUUCCUGGCGGCGAGGACGAACCUAGUGAAGCACCGAACCAUGGCGUCUCGCGCUGUGAGCCUCGACAACAUGAACCCCAACUUCAUCAAGUUGGAGUACGCCGUGCGCGGCCCGCUCGUCAUCCGCGCCGCCGAAAUCGAGAAGGAGUUGGAAAAGGGCGCGCAGAAGCCGUUCAAGCGGGUGAUCAAGGCCAACAUCGGAGAUGCGCACGCCAUGGGGCAAGUGCCCAUCACCUUUAUCAGACAGGUGCUGGCGUGCACCGUCCUCCCCGAGCUGCUGAAGACCAGCGACUUCCCCGCCGACGUGAAGCAGCGCGCCUGCGACCUCAUGAGCGGUCUCGGCGGCGGCUCGGUGGGUGCGUACUCGGCGUCGCACGGCGUGGACAUGAUCCGGCAGCAUGUGGCAGAGUACAUCGCGCGGCGGGACGGCCACCCCAGUCGCUGGCAGGACGUGUGCCUCUCCGCCGGCGCCUCCACCGCCAUCAAGAACUGCCUGCAGCUGCUGUGUAACCCCGUCGAUGGGAAGCCGUCGGGUGUGAUGAUCCCGAUCCCGCAGUACCCGCUGUACUCGGCGUCGCUGGCGGAGUACGGUCUGCGGCAGGUGCACUACUACCUCGACGAGCCGCGCGGCUGGGGGCUGGACGUCGGUGAACUAGAGCGCUCGCUCACCGACGCCGCGAAGGAUACCGCCGUGCGGGCGAUCGUGGUUAUUAACCCCGGGAACCCUACUGGACAGGUGUUGACUCGCGAGAACAUCGAGGCGGUGAUAAAGUUCGCGCACGCGCACCGCCUGUUCAUCUUCGCGGACGAGGUCUACCAGCACAACAUCUACGCCGAGGGCAGCCAGUUCCACUCCUUCAAGAAGGUGCUAGUAGAGAUGGGCGCGCCUUACGUGAACGAAGUGGAGCUAGCGUCGUUCAUGUCGGUGAGCAAGGGCUACAUGGGGGAGUGCGGGCUGCGCGCCGGCUGGAUGGAGCUCGUCAACAUGCAGCCCGAGGUCCAGGCUCACCUCUACAAGGCCAUCUCCGCCAUGCUGUGUCCCGCCGUCACCGGGCAGAUCGCUAUUGAUUGUGUGGCCAAGCCCCCCGCGCCCGGCGAGCCGUCAUACGACCUGUGGCUGUCGGAGACGACGGCGGUGCUGGCCUCGCUCAAGAAGCGCGCGCGGAUGAUCGUCGACACCUUCAACAACAUGCCCGGUUUCCAGUGUAACGAUGUGCAGGGUGCUAUGUACGCAUUCCCGAGCAUCGAACUACCGCCCAAGGCGAUCGAGGUGGCCAAGUCGAAGGGGCUCGCGCCAGACGUCUACUACGCGUUCAGGCUGCUGGAGGAGACAGGUAUCUGCAUCGUCCCCGGCACCGGGUUCGGCCAGCGUCCCGGCACGUUCCACUUCCGCACCACCAUCCUGCCGCAGCCGCAGCUGCUGCAGGAGAUGCUCGACAUCUUCAAGGGUUUCCAUACCAAGUUCACCAAGGAGCACUCGUAAGUGCACUCGGUGGGUGAAGGCGGCCGUGGGUGAAGGGUUACCCUGGGUGAAAUUUUACCCUGGGUGAUGCGUUACUUUGGGUAAAGCAUUAUUUGGGUAAAACGCUGUCCUGGGUGAAGUCUUACCCUGGGUAUAGUGGAACUCUCGGUGAUGCGUUACCCAGGUAUGAUAGUACAUAAUUAUACCUACCCUGUGAUGAUUAUAAGUGAAGUUUUACCAUCAGUGAUGCAUUGUCCUGGGUGAAAUGUUACCCGAGGUAUUUGGUUACCUAGACACAUUUUUCACUCUGGCUUCUCGAGGUGCAGCGAUACUUUGUUAUGGUGAAUAGUAAUAUAGUGUAGUAGCACCCUGGGUUAAAUAUUACUCUGGGUGACUCGUCACCAUAGUUGCAUGUUAUAAUAAUGUUGGCAUAAUAGUAUUUUCUAAAUGCAUUUUGCAUAGCCUUAUUUAAUUUAUGUACAGAGUAUCACAAAAACUUACAGUAAUAUUUUACAGAUUAUUGUUUUAAUAUUAUUAUCAAAUAAGAUGUGUUUAUAAAAGACAGCCAAGAAACCUAUGGUAUUAAAAUUGAAUAUUUUUAUUAUUUUCUUUGAUCACUUUGUUUCUUUUAUUCUUUAAUGUUUGUAUAUUAUUAUACGUAGUAUCUUUUAAUUUAAAUUGUUCUGUGAUUUUGUGACGUUUUGGAGUCGAGAAUUAUUAUUGUAUUUUCUUAUAAAUACAUAAAUCAAUCGAAAAGAAAGCAGCGCGUGGUUUUUACAGCAUUUAUAACUUUUAUACAAACAAAGCACAAGUCAGUAUAAUAUUACAUACUUUAAUAAUUGAUUUAUUUACAAAUUGUAUAUUAUAAGAUUAAUUGAAACAAAAAGGACGUAUUAUAUUUCUGAGCUG